AUUGUAAAACAAACCAUUGAACAACGAGCCUUGGCAGCAGCAGCUCCAAUGGAAUCCAUGAGAUUCUUAGUUGAAACAGUCACCUGGAACGAGGCUUCUGUGGAAACAACGGACAAAAAGAAUACGGUUGUGACUCUUGGCACAAAGCGGAAGCAAGAUAAUUUAGAGUCAAACACAGAACUGCUGGCUACAGAUGAAAAUAAAGUACUCUGGCGUGCCAAUUUUGAAGAGUUUAUUCGCCGCUUAAGGCACAAGGCUUGCGUUGCAAAUGUGAAAGUACGUGUCAACAAUGAUGCUGCCAUUGUGCUUGCUGCGACCCUGGAGUUGAGUAGACAUUCUGAGACUAAAGUGAGAAUUGAUAACUCAGUUCCUCAGUCCAUAAAUGCUAUUUAUGAUGAGGUGAUAAAGAGGGAUGGUGGUCUUGGUAUGGAUUUGGAGCGUAUCAGAGCUUCCCUUGUUGAAUUAGGAUGUGAAACCCCAUUGAUGGCAAUAGAUGAAACUUAUAGUGUAGAUUUGAAGAACAUUAUUGAACAGGCUCGCAUUGAAGAGGUGGAAUGCAUUGUAUUAAAAAGGUAUGGAAGGGAGGCCUACAGGAUGUUCAGAUUACUGUCAAAAGCUGAUCGUCUUCUUGAAACUGAUAAGAUUUCAGAUACCACAUUUGUUGAAAAGAAAGAUGCAGCCAAGAUUCUAUUUAAGCUGUGGAAAGAUGACUACUUGGAGAUGAAGAAAGUUAUUGCACGUGGAGCAAGGCAAUCAGAAUUCAUACUGUGGAAAAUUAAUAAGCAAUCUCUUUGGGAACAUGUUCUAGAUGAAAUGUACCAUGCUGCCCUUAAUUUGAGAUUGAGAAUAACACAUGAGCAAGAACAGGAAAAAGAGAUUCUUCAGAUGCCCAGAGAGAAGCUGGUAAAGGAACUGCACAGUGAACUGCACAACAGAUACAACCGCCUAAGAAAAGUCCGGAUUACUUUGGAAUCCUCCCUAAUGAAUCUUGACGAUGCUCUCAUGCUCUUCCAUGACUUUUAAAUCGAGUAUUUAUAUCUUAUAUCUCACCUUUCUUCCCUGACCUCCCCCUUUUUUUCCUUUUAUUAGAUUAGAUUUUGUGCCUUUAGACAAUCAAACAAAAAAUUUAUAUAUGGUGCCCUUAGGAUCUUGCUGUUCUCAUUGCAUUUUUUAUACAGUUCAGGAUUGGAUUUGACUGACACCAAUAAGACAUGUCAUCAUGAAGUAUAUUAAUCCAUGCAGGCUUUUUCCUUGUUCUUA